CGGCCCCCUUGCUCCCUUUCCAACGUCUCCAGGCUACUCUGUAUUGAAACUGUUAUUCGACGGUCGCCAACGCCAGAGGAAUUCACUCGUAAGACCUUUUCCGGAUUGCCCAACGUCUUGUGUUGCACCUUGGUCUCUCGAAGCCUGCGGACGACUGUGAACAACUACCUGGCCCGUCCCGUGGAACAAGCGAAGACAGAUCCGAGUUCAGAGUGCCGUACGAGUAAGCAAGCGUCCACUUUCUCUUAGCUGUGAGCUUGUUUUCUCGGGAUAGACAAUUAAGUCUUCGCUCUUAUAGGCAAUUGCUAGCAACUGUCGAGACCAAGCUAGCAUGAUUCGUGCGCACGACAUGGCCUUCGAAGGUGGCGCUCAGUAUCCUUCACUUUCGCACACUACGGUCGGGAGUUCUGGCGCAGGCGCAAUCGCUACACCUGCUAAUGGCUCUCUCUCGGAUACACUUGCCGGAGGGCUUUCAACUCCUUUACCACCACUGUCAAGCUCACAUGACUUUCUCCAGUCGUACUUUGGGAAUAGCUCUUUGAAUCAAAUGAGUGGCAGUUCAGGUCCCCCACCGUUCUUACCGUUACAAAUUCCUGCGUUAUCCCGAUUGACUGAAGGCAACUCGAUUCUUGGCGUUUCACCCCGUAACAUAUAUAAUCAACCCCCUUCACCAAAGAGAUUACCAGAAGAAGAAUCGGAAGAGGACGAGGGUCAUGCAGAUGGAGGGUCAUCGACUACAUCUACCCCGGCACCCGCUCUAAACGGCGAAGGGGAAAUAUACGCUGCCGUUUAUUCCGGAAUUCCAGUGUACGAGAUGAUGUGUAAUUCUGUGGCCGUAAUGAGGAGAAAGAGUGACGGGUUUCUGAACGCAACGCAGAUCUUGAAAGUCGCGGGUGUGGAUAAAGGGAAGCGGACUAAGAUCUUGGAUAAGGAAGUUAUGAUUGGAGAGCACGAAAAGGUGCAAGGAGGAUAUGGAAAGUAUCAGGGUACAUGGAUUCCAUUCGAACGAGGCGUGCAACUGGCUGCAAUGUACGGAGUGGAUGGAUUUCUUCGGCCACUCCUGGAAUUUGAGCUUCCGGCACCUGGCCGGGCAGAUCAGACUCCUACCAAGGAGCAAGUAAUGGCUGCUAACCGAGACCUGCUGAAGCGAUCCAACUCUUCCAGCUUCAACAAAAGCAAAAGUCGUUCCCACGGAGAUGAUGGUACUGAUACUGCUCAACGCAGGCGAAGAGCGGGGGCUCCAAGCACGAGGGCAAGCAAACGGUUGAUGGAGAUUGAAAGUUCGGAUAUCCAUGAUGACGAGUCUUCAGACAAUCCUUUGGCCUCACCAGGUCCCCUUGGCAACUACGCUAAGAAGAGACCAAGAACUGACGCCUAUGCCGAGAGUGUUAUCGAAACUAAUGCGGAAAAGUACCGUGCCAUGUUAAUGGCAAUGUUCGUCCACGAAGAUCCACUGUAUAUACCCGAUAUGUUGUCGGGCCCUACGCUACCGAAUGACCUGGACCUGGAUAUUGUGAUCGAUGAGCAGUCCCACACAUCAUUACAUUGGGCCGCCGCACUAGCGCGGAUUAAUGUUGUACGAGUACUCUUGCAAAAGGGUGCCGACAUACGGAGUGUUAACAAUGACGGGGAAACGGCGCUGAUUAGAGCCGUUCGUGUGACAAAUAACUAUGACAAUCAGACAUUUCCUGAGCUUCUCGACCUUUUGCAUUCGACUCUCUCGCUAGUGGACGCUAAGAACCGCACCGUCCUGCAUCACAUCGCCGCCACCGCGGGUCUGGAGGGCCGUGUAGCGGCCAGCCGCUACUACUUGGAGUGUUUGUUGGAAUGGGUUGCUCGCCACGGUGGUAACUUCUCAUCCUUAGUGGACAUACAGGACAGCGCUGGGGACACAGCGCUGAAUGUUGCGGCCCGUAUCGGGAACAGGAACUUGGUGGAACAAUUAAUCGAUGUCGGUGCUGAUGGUACCAUUGAGAAUCGUGCGGGCCUUAGGCCAUCGGAUUUCGGGUUUGAGGACGUCCUCGGGUCUAGCAGGGGAGACGGAGGAGUAGAAGGCACAGGCGAUACUGGAGAGGCCGAGAAGAUUGAAGGAACCAGUCGAGUGGUGUUUCCUAGUAUCAGAACCGAAGAGGAGGAUGCCGCUCUAGCUCUAAGUGCUGUCGCGAGUGCAACAAAAGGAAGAGAGAUUGCUUCGGCGGUUCAACAAAUGGUUGACGAGAUGUCAUGCACCUUCUCUGCGGAGAUGAAAGUCAAAGCAGAUCAACUGACGGAAGCCCGAAAUCAGCUGCGGCAGGUAACCAAAGAACUCGCCGAUGUCCGAAAACAGAAUCAUAUACUGCGCAAAGAAAACCAGAUGCUGCCGGAAAUGGUGCAACAGAUCAAAAAUUUGGAGCGGUGCCUCGGAGAAGAAAUGGCAAAAUGUAAUACUGCCACUAUUCAUGAUCAACGGAGUACAGAUUCAACGCCUGGAGGAAUGGUCACAGGAGGGAUAACAGAAACCAAGCAAACCCCACAGGACCCCAACGGAGAAUUGGCUGCUCUACGCCGAACCCUUCAAGAAAAGGAGGCUCUAGAACGUUCACUGCGCAGCGAGAUCAUCCGGUUAAAAUCGACAUCUGGCAAAUCAGAACUGGGCUGCAAAAAAAUUAUUGCAGCAUGUUGCAAUGUUCCUGUCGAGAGUGUGGACGAGCUACUGAAUCCCCUGUUACAAGCUGUUGAGAGUGACAAGGAAGUGGAUAUGAGUGCUGUUGCCGGGUUUAUGAUGGAUGUGAAGAGACGAGAGGGAGGACGUUGUUAAUUUUGGAUAGGUACUAUUUAUUGUGUGCGAAAAGCGGAUUGUACAGUAGUAUCCAGAGGUAGGAUCAAUUGAAACCCAUUCUUGCGCUGCUAGGUUUCAGUUUAGGAUAGGCGCCUUGCGUUGCACUGGCGAUUCUUAAUAAAUGAAUUGUAAUUUAUUGCUCAA